GCUGUGUUGUAGAGAAAAACAUUUUUUUUUGUUUUGGUCGUCUCAAGUCUUGAGCGUCUCCAAGUAUUUGUUUCCCAUUCGCCUGAAAAUUCCCGCAUACCCGUAAUAUACCAUUGGCAUUGUUGCUGAUAAAUGUAUCGGAGCUUGAGUGCAGCGAAAACGAACCAUGGAGAUUGACGUAAAUCGGUCGUGUCGGUCCUGCCUGUGUGAAGGCGAUGCUAUCCAUCCAAUUGGAAAAGCAGCCAAAAGCUUCGGACCCGUGGCAAAGGAUUCGUACAUGUGGAAUAUGUCGUUGGCUGAAGUGAUUAUGGCAUGCACCGUGGUUAAUAUAUCACCGGACGAUGGGUUACCACAGUCGGUGUGUACGGAAUGCUUGCAUCAAGUUCAGCAAGCCUUCCAAUUCAAAGAAAAGUGCGAGGCGGCUGAUGCGAAGCUACGUCACCAUUCAAUCAACAAAUCGGACGAUCCGAUUUCUUUCAUGCCGAUCAAAACCGAAUCCUUUGACAUGGAACGAAUGUUUCAUCCGGAAACGGUACUCGUCACCGAAUUCCAAAUGGAUACGUCCGAUGAUGAGUCACAGACGUCGACGACUGUUGCAAACAUUGACGACGAUCGGCCGGUCAUCAAACGUGAAACGAGCAAGAAACUACACGGCAACGAUUCAUCAGCAACGACGAGCAAGAAACGGCACAGCAGUGUAAGAACGGUGACAAGGAGUGCUGCAAAAGUCAAAAUCGAACAACUGCUGGAUGAUGUCGAUGAAAAGACGUUGUUGGAAGAGGCCGAAAUUCGCGACGACGGACGAUAUCAAUGUAAAUUUUGUGCGAAAACCCUGGCCGAUCGACAAACGUUUCGACUGCAUAUUCGGCUGCACACGGGCACAAACUUGAAACGUUGCCCGAUUUGCGAUCGUGGAUUCGCCAAGAAGAAUCACUUGGAACGACAUUUGGCCACCCAUGAUAAGACGCACAAGUGUACAUUCUGUACGAGAGCGUAUCUGACGACCAACGAGUGCCAGGACCAUGAAAAAUUGUGUUACAAAACCAAGACCGAAUUAGGCCAAGUGAAGAACGAAGACAAAUCACACGGAGAAUCAGUGGAAACAGAGGGACAUGACGACGAGUAUGAUGCAGACGACACCAAUGGCAACAACGAGAGUUUCGGACAAGCGACAAAGCGAUCGAAGAAACCGGAGGGCGGCUUGAAUGCUAACGAGAUUCGAGUGAGGGCAGCACCGAUUCCACUUGACGAUGAAGAACAGCUCCUGAUAAAAAGUGCAAAAAUUGUCGACGAUCGCUAUGCAUGCCCUCUGUGUCCGCGAACGUUGGCACGACGAGAAAUUCUUGUCCUGCAUCUGCGUACCCAUACCGGAAAGAAUUUGCUGCGGUGUCCGGUCUGCGACAAAGGUUUUGCCAAGCCGUACAAUUUGAGCCGUCACAUGAUGCUCCAUGACGGCAAUGCAAAUGUUCGAAUUGACGAGACGAUUGCUAAAGCCGAACAACCGGACGGUUCGUUUUGCUGUACGUUUUGUUUGAAAUCGUUCGUCGAACGGAAAUCGUUUCGCUUGCAUUUACGAAUGCACACCAGCAACAAGCUCGAACACUGUCCGAUUUGCAAUCAAAGUUUCAUGGACGAGGAUGAGCUUAUGCAGCACAUGCCGGUGCAUGGCGAUAGUUUUCCGUGCAUCGAAUGUGAUCAGGUGUUCAAUACGUUCAAAGAUCGAAAAUGCCACACGGAGGCUGUGCACACGGUGAGAAAGGUAAGCUCUGCAACGGGAAAAUUGGCAAGGAAACCGCGCGCAGUGAAAGAGGAAGUGUCUGAUGAGGAGCACGACGACGAAGACGAACAAUUGGUGAACAGUGCCGAGCUGGUUAACGGUCGGUACAAUUGCAAAUUCUGCGAAAAAACUCUGGCCAAUCGAAGCACCCUGAAGCUGCACAUCCGAUUGCAUCUGAAGAAGAAGUUGAAAGUCUGCACGAUCUGUGAUCACGGUUUCUCGAAAAACAGCCACCUGGAUCGCCACAUGAAGACCCACUUUCCAAAGAUACCGGAAUGCAAGAUUUGUCACGCCACGUUCGACUCGUUGCAGGAACAGAAGGCACACACAGCGGCCGCACAUCGAGAUGACAUUCAAACGUCGACAAUUCGAAAGACAAUUGUUCCGUGGACGCAACCCAAUGGCAAGAAGAGCUGCGAAUGUCGCAUCUGCGAUUCGGUUUUCGAUUCGAUUGCAGCUCUUCGAAAGCAUCUAGACUGGCAUGCCGCCACCACUGACUGGAUACAGGAGGUGGACUUGAAAUCGCGCCCGGAAUAUUCUCAAAUGUUCGGUGAAUCGAUGGAUGCUGAGUUAACGAACGAACGUUUGGCCGAAAUGUUGCAGACGAGAUUGAGAGAGAAUUCGGCGGACGUGUUGAAAAUGCAUCGAAUUACGAACGGCCAGGGCUGGGAAUUAUCGCUGACCGAUUCGGAGACGGAUGAUGAUGACGACGAGAGCAACGAACGGAAACGAAAGUUCUACAAUUGCGACGAAUGUCCUCGGCCUCGUAGCUUUGAUCGCUUAUACAAACUGAUGUGUCACAUCAAGGCCGACCAUCCCAACGCUUCGAAGCAAUUUCAGUGCAAGCAAUGCUUGCAAUGCUUCCCGAACGCAACGAUUCUGGACAAACAUCUGCGACAGCAGUGUCAGAACGAUAGCAAAACGCUGCACUGUACAAUGUGCUACAGUCGAUUCACAUGGGCCGACAGUUUAGCCAGCCAUUUCGCUGUCUAUCAUCAAAGUGAGACGAGGCUGCUGGAAUCCAACCGAAUGCGUCGUCCCCAUACGUGCGAUCAGUGUUCAAAGUCAUUUUACACACAAGAACGAUUGGCUGAACAUCAAUUGCGCCACCUUCCCAGAGACAAACGAUUCGCGUGCGACAUUUGCGAUAAGCGAUUCAGUCGAUACGACAAUUUGCGAGCUCACAUGCGAAGCCACAUUCCACCCCAUGAACGGGAAGCUAUUGCCAAGACUCAUCUGUGUUCCUAUUGCGGUGAAGGUUUCGCAAACUCAUCCAAUUUGAAUGUACACAUUCGGAAACACACAGGUGAACGACCAUUCAAGUGUGAUAUUUGUAGCUCCAGAUUUCGGCGGUCCUGCGAUCUGACUUGUCAUCGACGCACUCACACAGGUGAAAAGCCGUACCCGUGCUUGGUGUGCGGUCACCGGUUUUCCCGAUCCAACAAAUUGGUCCGGCACAUGAGGAUCCAUACCGGCGAACGGCCGUACAAGUGCACGGAAUGUGAUCGAGCCUUUACCCAGUCGAACGAUUUGACGUUGCACAUUCGACGGCAUACCGGCGACAAACCGUUCAGCUGCCUGUGUGGCGAACGAUUCAUCACGAAUAGUCUGCUUCAACAGCAUCGGCGGACUCAUGGACACUGAUUGCCGAUUGGACUGGGAUUUGUAUUUGUCGGAGGAAUUAAUCUUCAAUCUCUCACUCGAAUUAGAUUUGGAAUUUAUGUGUUAAGGAAAUGGAUGAGGCGUUGGUACUACAACGAUCGUAAGAAUAAAAAUAAUUUUUGAC